AUGUCAAGGACCGCAACUGAUAGUACUGACUUGAACCAAGUUUGGAAAUUCUCCCAAUGUUUUGGUGACAAAGCUGAAGUAGAAAAUAUCACUGAAGCCGAUAUCAUCUCAGCUGUUGAAUUUGAUCACACCGGUGACUACCUAGCCACCGGUGAUAGAGGUGGUAGAGUUGUUCUAUUUGAAAGAAACUUCUCUAAAAAAAACUGCGAAUAUAAAUUUCAUACUGAAUUUCAAAGUCAUGAUGCUGAAUUUGAUUACUUGAAAUCUUUGGAAAUUGAAGAAAAAAUCAACAGAAUCAGAUGGUGCAAAAGAUCUAACCAAGCUCACUUCUUACUAUCAACUAACGAUAAAACCAUAAAAUUAUGGAAAAUUUAUGAAAAAAAUAUUAAAGUAGUAUCAACAAAUAACUUGACAGAAAAUAUCGACAUCAACAACAAUAACAAUAACACAACUAAAAUCGAUAUUAGUCUCAAUAGCCUACACCUCCCAAAACUAGAAAUCCAAGAUAAAAUUAUAGCUGCUUCUCCCAAAAGAAUAUUUGCAAAUGCUCAUUCUUAUCACAUUAAUUCCAUCACUCUCAACUCCGAUGGCGAGACUUUUAUCUCUUGCGAUGAUUUAAGAGUCAAUUUAUGGAAUCUAGGUAUUGCUAAUCAAUGUUUUAACAUCAUCGAUAUCAAACCAGUGAAUAUGGAAGAAUUAACAGAAGUCUUGACUUCAGCUGCUUUCCAUCCAACUUCUUGCAAUAUAUUCAUGUACUCUUCCUCAAAGGGUAUUGUGAAGUUAGCAGAUAUGAGAGAAAACGCCUUUUGUGAUUCAAAGACUAAAGUAUUUGAAGAACACAUCAAUCCUCAAUCUCACAACUUUUUCACUGAAAUUACAAGCUCAAUCUCCGAUGUAAAAUUCUCAAAUGAUGGUCAAUAUAUCGCUAGCAGAGACUACAUGACUGCUAAAAUUUGGGAUGUCAGAAUGGAAAAUAAACCAGUAAGAACUAUCAAUGUCCACAAUCACUUGAGAGAAAAAUUAUGUGAUGUUUACGAAGUUGAUGCAAUAUUCGAUAAAUUCCAAUGUGUAUUCUCGGGUGACAGUAAAUCAAUCUUAACUGGUUCUUAUAAUAACAAUUUCAUGAUUUAUCCAAAUGUCGUAUCAGAGACUCCAACGAAUCCAAAUAAAAAAUUCCCUUCAAAUACUAACAAUGGUAAUGUAAUCUCUCUUAAUACAAACAACUUUUCAAAUAGGACAAAUGAUUUCCUUGAUGAAAGUUAUUACAAUGAAGAUGACGAUGAUGAUGAAAAUGAAAUUCCAGAAAUUGUGUUGACAGCGGAUAAACCUGCUUUUAAAGCUAAAAGAGUUGGAGUACCCAGUUUCAAAAAACAUAGAUUCAAUGAGAAAAAUCCCGUUGAUUUCACAAAAGGUAUAUUACAUUAUUCAUGGCAUCCAAGAGAAAAUUCUGUUGCAAUUGCUGCAACUAAUAAUUUAUAUAUAUUUUCAACAUUAUAA